AGACUCCAGUUCCCAGCCCCCCGCCCCGCGGGGUGCGGGGGCCGGCGGCGCAUGCGCGAGGCCCGGCCCCCAAUUCCCCCGGCGAGGGAGGAAGGCCCCCGGCGGCCCCGAGGCUGCGAGCCGCGGCGGGACCCGAGCGCACGCAGGGGCGCGGCGGUGGCGGGGGCUAGCCGGGCUACGGAGGCGGCAGUCAAGAGCGUGGAGCGCCCAGCGCUAGGGCCCAUCCGCGUGCAGGCACCCCAGGGCACAGCCAGCUGGGCCCUGGGCCGGGGGGGCCUGGCGCCCGCAGCCCCCCACGCCCGGAGAGGGAUGCGGUGCACCCUGAGAGCCCGGUAGCCUCGCGUCGCGGCGCUGUAGACUCGAUGAUGGAUGAGCCGUGGUGGGAAGGGCGUGUCGCCUCGGACGUCCACUGCACCCUGCGCGAGAAGGAGCUGAAGCUGCCCACCUUCCGAGCCCACUCCCCGCUCCUGAAGAGCCGCCGGUUCUUUGUUGACAUCUUAACCCUGCUGAGCAGCCACUGCCAGCUCUGUCCCGCUGCCCGGCACCUGGCCGUCUACCUGCUGGACCACUUCCUGGAUCGCUAUAACAUCACCACCUCCAAGCAGCUCUACGCCGUGGCAGUCUCUUGCCUUCUGCUCGCAAGUAAGUUCGAGGACAGGGAAGACCACGUCCCCAAGCUGGAACAGAUAAACAGCACGAGAAUCCUGAGCAGCCAGAACUUCUCCCUUACCAAGAAGGAGCUGUUGAGCACAGAGCUGCUGCUGCUGGAGGCCUUCGGCUGGAACCUCUGCCUGCCCACGCCUGCCCACUUCCUCGACUACUACCUCCUGGCCUCCGUCAGCCAGAAGGACCACCACUGCCACAGCUGGCCCACCACCUGCCCCCGCAAGACCAAAGAGUGCCUCAAGGAGUACGCCCACUACUUCCUAGAGGUCACCCUGCAAGAUCAUAUUUUCUACAAAUUCCAGCCUUCUGUGGUGGCCGCAGCCUGCGUCGGGGCCUCUAGGAUUUGCCUUCAGCUUUCUCCCUACUGGACCAGAGACCUGCAGAGGAUCUCAAACUACUCCCUGGAACAUCUCAGCACAUGCAUCGAAAUCCUGCUGGUAGCUUAUGACAACAUCCUCAAGGAUGCCGUCGCGGUCAAGAGCCAGGCCCUGGCGAUGGUGCCCGGCACACCCCCAGCUCCCACCCAGGUGCUGUUCCAGCCACCCGCCUACCCCGGCCUCGGCCAGCCGACAGCGAUGGCCCUGGCCCAGUUCCAGACCCCCGUGCAGGACCUGUGCGUGGCCUAUCGGGACUCGCUGCAGGCCCACCACUCGGGGACCCUGCUCUCAGGGGGCAGCGGCUCAUCCCUCCAUGCCCUGUACCCCACCCUCCAGCCCCUGGACGUGUGUCCCGUGCCGCUGCCCACGUCCCUCAGCAUGCACAUGGCUAUUGCAGCUGAGCCCAGACACUGCCUCGCCGCCACCUACGGGAGCAGCUACUUCAGCGGGAGCCACGCGUUCCCUGCGGGCUGUUUCGACAGAUAGGGCACCUUUAGCCACGCAGGGAGGCCUUGGAGAUCUGGGCAGAGGAAGAGGAUGCUGACGAAGGGAGCUCAGCCCAGUGAGGCGCCUGGGAGGCUGUCCCCGCAGAGCCUCCGGACCCUUGAACGGAGAGGAUGCAUGCUCUUUUUAAAUAAAACUGACCUGGGGCAAAACAGGCAGUGACAUACCUCACCCAAGAGCAUUGCUCGGGAAAACGUCUUCCACGUGUGGCUGGGAUGCAAGGAGAUGGCUCGGUGGCCAGCCCCUGGAGAGGGGCCCAGCGGGUCGAGAAAGACCUGGGAAGAGGCCAGGAGACUGGGGACUGGAUGCAGACCAGCAGUUCAUGAGCACGUCCAGGUUUUAGCAUCAAAGACUCCUUUAUUCUUUGCCGAUGGCAGCUACACCACUGAAAAGGGGGCAGCCUGAUGUGUCUCCAGACCCCCGGUAGAUGCUAUCUGGGGUGCUUUUCUUCCCCUGGCUCCAUCCACAGGGGCCUGUGUGUGUGUUCGUGCAUGAGCGUCUGUCUGCCUUCCGAGGCACAGUGGGCAGCUGUCUUGUUGCUUUGUUAUGGAACCUAAAACCCUCUUCAGCCUUUUAGAUAUUUCACAUGCUGCUGCUUCCCGAAGUGACCUAGCUUUCUGUUCAGUAAGAUGUCUUGUUUACAUGCUGUAUCAGGGAUUUUGUGCUACUUGAAAAGUCCUUAGGAGAAAGAUGGUGGUGAUCGCCACACUGCCUGUCCCAUGCAAGGGCUGUAGAUUUUUAACCCGGCUUGGGGCAGACCUGUGGUUAACCACAGAGCGCCCUUUGCAAAAGCAUAUAGUUGGGGAGAACCACUUUCCAGGCUCUCGGUUCUGGAAGAUUCCACGUCUUGGAUGCUCUGUUCACCUGUAGAACUUCGAUAACCACCCAGAGGAGAAAGCUUGUUGAAAAGUAGACAAAGAUUUAAACCCAGCAAUACUCACGUCCUUCCACCGCAUGCAUCUCCUGCUUGAGGCUAAACCCAGCCUCAGCCUCAAGUUUGGCUCAGAGCAGAGGCUCAUAAUGUGGGAUUGUAUGCCUGAUGCCAACUGGCUUUGGGGAUUUGGGGGUGUGCAGGGUCUGUUACACGACUGACAGCCAGUGACAGGAUGGAUCAGAAGCCAGUAUUUGGGUCUCUGCAGUGAGAGGGCUCUCAGGAAGACUCUUGGAAGCAUGUGCAAUAUGUUUUUAUUCUGACUCACGGCUUGUGCUCAGCGUGUUUUAUGUUUUGGUUGGUUUAGGGUCAGAGGUCCCAUUAUUCACCCCCUAGGACUGGGAGGUGCAGAGAACCACGAAGGCGGUUUUUGGUUGGUUUUUUUUUUUUUUUUGAGAAGAACCCAUCUUAGUUUUCUUGACUUGGUUGCCAGUCCAGGAGACUGGCAGGGAGGCUGCCAGGAGUCGGAUCUGAAGGCGGUUUUCAGAGCAGAUGGGAGCCUUAGCGUGGAAGCUGAGUAAAGAAGAGCCUGGACGUGGGCGGUGCGGGGCCGCUUUGUCACCCUAGCAUAGGAAAGUGCACAUUCAUUUGUUGUUUUCUCUUUUUCUUUUGCCAACCUCCUUCUAUUUAUGUGCAACUGGUUUGGAUUCCAAGUUAUUGUGUUUGUCUUUUCUGGGGCUGGGCGCUUGGGAGGGUCCGUCCAUCCGUGUUGUCGUCACCCCCCCAGUAGAACCUCACAGCCAGCCCAGCCCCUAAAAAAAGUGGUCCCGCAAUAAACACAUCACCUGCUC